AUGUUCAACCACCGCGUCGAGCAACUCCAGUGGUUGCGUCAGUCUCUCAAUGGUCGGGUCGUCGAGCCGGUUGAGAACGGGUUGGCUGUGGCGCAUCGCCAGCGCAGGAUCUGCAAGUACCGAGACUUCCCCAUUUUCGACCUUCCCCCUGAGCUCCUCACCAUGAUCUUCCGUACCACCUUCUGGGGGAGCGAGAAUGUGGUGAAGGCCAACAGGAUGCGUAUGCAUCUCACCUGGGUGUGUCAGCGAUUCCGCCAGAUUGCACUCGCGGACCCUCAGCUGUGGGGAACGCUGUGGUUCUGCGACCAGCACCCGUGGACGCGUAGUCUUGCCUUUUUGGAACGUGCCGGGGGCGGCGUACUCGACAUACGCCUCGACGAUCGCCAGGAGCAGAAGCACCAGGAACCCAUGACCAUCCCCCGCCUCGAUAUGAUCCUUGACAAACUACUGCCCAAGAUCUCCCAAAUCCGCAUGCUCGUCCUCCACUUCAACGACCUCAAUAUCAUGCACCACUUCUUCCGUCGUUUCAGCGUCGCCGGUCCCCCUGACCUUCUCGAGCUCGUCGACAUCGACGCCAAUGUCAUGUACGCGCGGGACCCUGCGUCACCCCUGGUCGCCUUCAGCAGAUUCCCAACUCCGAAGCUACGCAAGCUCAUUAUCACUGGCUUCGCCCUUGACUGGGAGACCGUGCAGUACAAAACCCUCCACACUAUGGACAUACGCCACUUCACCCUACCUUCCUUCAUGUCCAUGUCCCGCUGGAGUGAGCUCCUACGGCCUGCGUACCACAUCUACAAGCUAUCGUUCGUCGGCGCGAUGCCGAACCCGUCUAGUUGCCUGCCGCUGUCGCUUCCAAACCUGCGCGAGCUCUUUCUCGCAAGGAUCCCGACGACGGGGGUGCAGGAGCUUUUGCACUUCCUCGACACACGCAGGGUCAUGCUAUUGACGCUCGGGGGCCUCCAUGGCACCCUUCAAGGCUUCCCGCAUUUCUUUUACUCGCUCAAGGGCCGAUUCCCGGAGGCCCGUAGCGUCUCCGUGUACUCCAUCCCCUACACCCCGGACCGACAGUUCAGAGACCAACUCAUGCGAGGCGUCGUCUGCUGGUUUGAGAGCAUGCCUCUCGUCAACACUCUCCGGCUGGAGAGAGUCGCCUACGAUUUCUUCAAAACCCUCUCCACCGAUCCGUCCAGUUGGUGGCCGGCCGACGUCGUCAGCGCGUACUUCAAGCCGCAGCGCGACGCCGGAGUUCCCGAGGAUCAGCUCGUUAGACCCCUGCUCCUCCCCGAUCUCGAAAGCGUUUACAUCGAGUUCCCUGAGGUGGAAUGGCAGGAGCUCCUCGACACCCUCCUGGCUCGCAAGAAAGCCGGACGCCCGGUGAACACGCUCUACAGCACUGACGUGAAGGACGAGAUCAAGGCGAUGAUGAAGGCUGGGCUGAAGGUCGGGGGUGAUUACCAUACUGCUCCAGACAGACUGAUGGCGACGCGGGAAGAGCUUCGAGUGAGGGGGCGCAUGAUGCAGCUGAUCCCAUGGGUCAGGGGGGAGGUUGGCGAAGGGCUCAAAGAACAGCAUAUCGGCGUGUGA